GGCGAGGCGGCGGGGAGCGGCGAGGCGCCGGCGGCGCUGAAGAGGAAGCAGCGGCGGUACCGAACCACCUUCAGCACCUUCCAGCUGGAGGAGCUGGAGCGCGCCUUCCGCAAGUCGCACUACCCCGACGUGUUCACCAGGGAGGAGCUGGCUCUGCGCCUGGAGCUGACGGAGGCCCGCGUGCAGGUCUGGUUCCAAAAUAGAAGGGCAAAGUGGAGGAAACGUGAAAAAACUGAAAUUCUGGGGACUGUUCCAGGAAUCUCCUUAACGCACCCACUUGGACUGGUUUUGGACGUUCCGCUCAGCCAUUCCCCCAUCCUCGAUCACACGUGGAGGUCGAUGCCUUUCUCAACACUGGCUGUGCCAUCCAUGUCUCCGGCCUUUACUUCUUCAACCUUAGGGCCAUUUGGCCUCAGUAGCCUUACCUGGACUUCUCUCUUCAGAAAUCCCAUUUUAAAUCCGCACUUUGGAAGGUUUCUCAGUGCUUUAAAUCCUCUCAUGACAACAGCUUCAGUGCUCAUGAAAGCCCCCGGCCCCCCAUCAGACCCCGCUCUCACUGUCUUCGCUGAUCCAGCAGCAGUUGAAAGGAAAACAUCAAGCAUCGCAGCGCUGAGGCUCAAAGCGAAGGAACACUCAGCACAAAUCCCUCAAUUAAACCUCGUCUCAAAUACCAACAAAGAACUUUGUUAGGAGCUCUCCCGCAGGCUACAGCCACAGAAGGAAAUGCUUUCUCCAUCAAGCAGCGCCUGUUAGAGACGUUUAAAAAAGAAGGCAAACACACGCACCCAGCUGCACUCCCUCCACCUGUAAUGGACAAAAUGGAAUGGGCAACAAGGAAAUAACCUUGCUAAAAGUUGUUUUUCUUCAUCACAGUGUGAAAUCAUGCAGCAAGUUGACUUCUGUCAUCAUUUCUACCUACAAUUUCGGACAGUGCAGGAAAAAAAAAUCACAGGAACUGUCUCAUCUUUGUAACUCAGGCUGACAUGAAACUGAAGCUGUGAAAUCCCCGAAGUCACUGGAUGCUGGUUCAAGGAUUCAGAAUUCUUUGUAGGAAUAACUUCAGUCGUAGAAGUGAUUCUUAACUCGUUUCUCAGGAGGAACUCUUACAUACAGUACAUAAGAACUGGUACAUAGUAUGUUCUUGACUUUGAAACCAUGCUUCACGUUGAAGUGCAGACGCCAGUGAAAUCUCGCAUGUUAGGCUUAGCAGGAAGGAGCUGUCGAGUAUUUUCAACAUAGGCUUUUGAUUCAGAACCAGGUUUGUAUAAAGCAUAUCUUGUUUUAAACUUUAAAAACGUUUAUGUCCAGUGGCAGUGGUUAAUAAUUAAAAAAAUCCUUUGUGUAUGAAAACCGUCCUGUGAAAAUAGGCUGUUAACGUGCAGUAAAUGCUGUGUAGUUCUCUGUGUGCAUUUCUACAUAUCAGUAAAUAGCUAAUACUGUAAAUAUGAGUUUACUAAAUACUCUAGCAUGACUAGUGGCAGAUAUUAACAGACCACUAAGUUAACAGGUUACUUGUGCAUUCCCAUGUCUCAUGCCUUGAGUAGAUUGAGAAUUCAAGUGAAAACUAAACGUGAAAUGUUAAAUUCUUCCUCGAACUGAUUCUAGCAUAGGUAUAAACAGGAGCCCUACUGACCAGACAUCUGCAACUCAGCAAAAUCCUGAACUCAUUUUCUGGCCUCAGACAAGUCAUUUCAGAGUUUCCUGCUGAACCUCCCCAUCUGUGAAAUGGGACUGAGAACAGCAAUCCUAUCUCUUGGUCUGGUUCGUGUAAAGCAAAGAUAAGCAUCCUCAUUUUGCAGCUUACUUGCCUACCUCACAGGGCUGUUGUGAGGACUGAUUAAACCAUCAUGACAGUGCAAAUGGUAGUUAUGUAAGUGCUAAUUGUUGCUUAGCAAUCACAUCAGAAAGGCCAACAGCUGAGGACACCUGCAGGUUCCCUUGCCUACAUCUGCAGCAGCAGCCCUAGCAAGCUCCAUUUCUGUGGGUUGAUGGAACAGCAUGGAACACCUCCAUUGACACUGUCUGGUUCCUAAAAACCAUUCACAAAUGCUAAAUUCAGAGGAAAUAUUUUGUACUCCUCAGAACUUCUUUCUCACAGGUACUCUGGGACUACUCUUGAAGCUAUCAAAGAUGCUUUCUAGGCUGCAGUUUGAGUGCAGAGCUCCAGAUACCUAACUACUGCUGCUUUAUACUUCCCUGAGUUUGUCCUUCUCGCUCACAGACCUAAACACAGUUGGCUGCAUCAGGCAGAUCCAUUUUUCAUUUCCUCUGAACUACUAAUUGCUUUGAUCACCCUUGAGCUGUAAGCAACCACAAGUAUUUCUGGAUUCACAAAUCUCAUUGUGGUUCUCACUGGGAGAAGGCAGCGGUAUUUUACUGUUAGGAAAAGCAAGCUUUCUAUCCAGAGUACACUGCUGUUGCUCAGCCUUACGAGCAGGACUAAGCUUGGACAGUGACAUAACCACGACACUCACAAGUUUUGUUUUCUUUCACAACAGCCACUCACUUCUGCCAAACCACUCCCUUCGCCCAGGCUGCCAACUGGCAGCACAACACAGGACCCACUCGAGCAAUGGGUUUGCUCCACAUUAACCUUUCAGAUGGGUCAGUGGUUUGAAAACUCAUUACACAGUCCAUAUUUGUAUAUCUUUUUUCCUUGCCAGUGUCAUUCUUGCAACAUGACAGGACAGCAGACUGUGCCAUUAUUUCAUUUAAAGAAGCAGAACUGUCUUGCAUUCACUGUGAGCCAUUUGCAAUAAAAAUAAAACCUAGCUAUUUUUAUCAAAUUACAUUUCUAGACAAAUUCACUAGAAGGAGCACAUGAAAAAAAGCUGCUGAAGGCUGUCCUUUGCACUCAUCAGAAACUUUACCGUUGACUACAGGGCCAACAGUAUUUCACCUAAAAAAUAAUAAUAAUAAAUUCACAAGGUGAAAUUCCUGUAGUUUCAGCAGUUACGUUCUGAGGUAACUUAUCUAUCAAAGUUCUUCUAAUAGCUAUGGGCACAAAUGAUUUAAGAGACAGCAGUUUGCAUGCUUUCUUGCACUAAGCUCACAGCAGACUCAGACCUACCAUUACGUAGUUACAGCCACUUUUAGAAAUGCCACAGACCCCUCUCUGGAAACGAUGGGGUUGGAUAGCAGGGUUGGUUCCCCUGCCAGGCUGAUUUGAUGCUGUUCUUUACAGAUUCUUCCUAUAGGAAGGCACCCUUCCUCUAAGACACUCUCCUCUCCUACUGCAGCACUGCAUUCUUGAGCCGUUUGGGUGGAAGAUGGUGUCAGCAGGCAUUAGCAGAGAACACAGCUUGCCGAUGCUUCACUUGGGUUCAGUUUGAAACGCAGAGACAUUUUCUCUAACCCAAUCUCAUGUUUUCUGCCGCGAGUCCUUCCAAGAAAUUUCCAUUAUUUCACAUGAAUUGAAAAUCCAGCUGUGCAAGCUAAUGGUAUUAUGAAAACAAACAGGCAGGACAACAUUGAAAUCAUUCUAAGAAUCAAAGCGCACCUGUAUCCAAAAUUCAACAAGCGUUUCGUGUCGAUUACUGCUAUUUUGAACAAACUAUCUCACCAAGAGGAAGGAUUCCUUCUUCAGAAACAUCUCUCCAUUUUAAAUGUAAGUAAAA